AUGUAUGUAAAAUAUUUUCCAGUAUGCGACUUUGGAUUUCAAUGCGACGUGAAGCGGUGCAUUCCGAAAGACUGGCAAUGUGAUGGCCACGUGGAUUGUAAAGAUCAAUCUGAUGAACUGAAAUGUCACAAAUGUGGUCCAGGUAUGAUCAAUUGUGGAGCCGAUAAAUGUAUCACGCAGGAACAUCUGUGCGACGGUAAAGUCGACUGCCCUUGGGGUCAGGACGAAAGGAAUUGCCUUAGGUUAAGUGAACGAAAUGGAGAUGAAGGGAAGGGUCAAUUAGAAGUAUAUCGACCGGAUCAAGAAAAAUGGGUGCCGGCAUGUGUGGUCCAUUGGAAUGAAAGAACUUCUGCUAGGAACAUAUGCUCAAUAUUAGGAUAUUCAACUGCUAACUACAGUCGGCUGUUAAGAGGUAUUGACAUCCAAUCUCCAGCGAUCCACGAGAAAACCGCAAUAUGGCGGUUUAAUCAGAACAAAAGGCCGAAUAAUUUAAUCAGAGAAUUUUCUUCCUGCCCAGAAAAAAAUUACCCGACUGUCCAACUAUCUUGCACAAAUUACGUAUGCGGGAAAGUCCGCAAAACUUACGAUGCCCAUAAUAAUUCGGAAAACAACAGCAACAAUAAACAUAUUAACAACAACAACAACUUAAGGAAGCGUGGAGAUCGCCAUAAAAGAAUUGUAGGCGGAGUUCGUUCUAAACCUGGAGACUGGCCAUUCCUUGCAGCACUUCUUGGUGGACCCGAGGAGAUUUUUUACUGCGCUGGAGUCCUUAUCGCUGAUCAGUGGGUUCUCACGGCAUCUCACUGCGUUGGAAAUCAUUCAGACGUUUCUGGUUGGACCAUACAAUUGGGCAUAACAAGAAGACACGCUCACUCAUUUUAUGGACAAAAAGUUAAAGUAAAACGUGUGGUUCCUCAUCCUAUGUACAAUAUAGGAGUAGCCCAUGACAAUGAUGUAGCUCUAUUCCAGCUUUCAAAUCGUGUUACUUUCCACGAACAUCUCUCUCCAGUUUGUCUUCCACCAGCCGAAAAGGAACUUAGGCCUGGAACUAAAUGUACUGUCAUCGGUUGGGGAAAAAGAGAAGAUACUGGAAUGUCUGAAUAUGAACCAGAAAUUAACGAAGUUGUCGUCCCAGUUCUAAACAGAGAUCUUUGCAAUUCUUGGCUAGAAAAUAGAGAUUUAAAUGUAACUGAAGGUAUGAUUUGUGCCGGGUAUAAAGAAGGCGGAAAAGAUGCUUGUCAGGGUGAUUCUGGAGGACCUCUCUUAUGCCACGUUAACGGGGAUUCUGAGACGUGGUUUGUAGGCGGUAUAGUAAGUUGGGGGAUAAAAUGUGCCCAUCCUCAUUUACCAGGAGUCUAUGCGUACGUACCAAAGUACAUAAAGUGGAUAGAACAGCAGAUAGCAAAAUAUUCGGGCGAAUAA